GCCCAGGAGACCGGAGGGGAGCCGCAGCGAGCGAGAAUGGCGGAGACGGACCCCAAGACCGUUCAGGACCUCACCGCCGUGGUGCAAACCUUGCUCCAGCAGAUGCAGGACAAGUUUCAAACCAUGUCUGACCAGAUCAUUGGCCGGAUCGACGACAUGAGCUGUCGCAUUGAUGACCUGGAGAAGAACAUAGCAGAUCUCAUGACUCAAGCUGGAGUGGAAGAGCUGGAAAGUGAGAACAAGGCUGCUACCAAGACUUCAACUUGCCAAUAAUCUUGGAUGGGUGCUGGAAAGAGAAAUUUUUACAAGCUUACAGGGAUUUCAAGACGGCGUUUGUUGGGCUUUUAUUUUUCAAAUACUGUGUGUAAAAGCAUUUUUCUACAGCUGUAGAACUUGCAUUCCUAAUAUACAUUGUAUAGCUAGAUUUGGAACAGUUUCUAUUCUGAUUUAUUGCAUAUUUGUGGAUUUCGCACACUUUUUUGAAUGGUCACGUUCUAUAUGCUUCAGUUAUUAAAAACUCAGUUUGAUGGA